UCUCUAUCAAAGCCCUUGGGGUUUAAGGAGUUUUGGCUGUAGUCGCGCCUCUCUCCCUUGGCUGUUGGUUCUCAUCGUGUGAGAGGAUGGCUUCGCUUCGUAGAUCAGCGAUGGCGGGAGCUAGGUCUAUUGCAUUUCGUUCCAGAAAUGUAGUCACUGAAACCCUUGCACCCAAAGCUACCAUGAAUUCCCUCUUCCCUCCCAUAAGAACAACUCCUCGUGCUUCAAGGAUGGUCAUGGCGUUAGGAAGCGUGGAAUCUCUGAUGCCACUUCACAGUGCCAUCGCUUCUACUCGUCUCGUAUCCAUCAUCGCCGUUGACUCCAGUUGCUGGAGUUGGCUCUCUCAAGGACUUGCAUUGCCGUUGUGACAAGGCCUGCUGGUUCUAUCUGAGCAAUAAAUGCAUCUCAGUUUUAAUUAAUUUGAAAUUGGAAAAAUUCCUUCAAGCCUAGAAUUUCUGGACGUUGUAUUAAGCAACUAUUGCUACAUACUUUUAUCAAGAGAAUAUUUUCUGUUAACUCAUUUUUGGAGUAUUUCUUAGUUCUCCAGGGAUUUCCUUUCCCUUUUGUUUUUUCCACCCUUUUCUGCUGCAUGUUGUAUUUUGUUGGUAAUAUUGGAGAUCAUGUUUAGAAGAUGAUGAUGUCAACUUUUACAGUUACUUUUUAAUGAUUUUUUGUAGUUUCAUUUGGCA